CUUCCAGAGGUGACGGAGGAAGAGGAGCAGCUGAAAGCCCGUUGUGAGGAGGUGGAGGAGCAUCUGCAGGAGCAGCAGCAGAUCCAGAGUGAUCUGCGAUGGGAGCUGAGUCAGAAGUCCGUCCUAGUGGGUGCUCUCCGCGCCAGUCUGAAGGAAAAGGAGCGCCAUUUCCUGGAGGAAUUAAAACACCGCAGCCACAGGACCACUGUGCUCAACACCGAGCUGCAGAAGCAGACAGAGGCGGCUGCGUACCUGUCCUUCCAGCUGCAUUCAGCCAAGCAGAAACUCCAUCAGCAGAGGCAGCAGCAGCAGCACAGGAGGCCUGCCCCGUCUGGUGUGGACAAGCCUCCCGUCCACCCUUCGCCUCAGGCCAGUGCCAGCAGCCCGACCACCAUCAAACCCAAACGACGGAGCUCGAGCCGGUCUUCCUCGCACCUCCACACCGAACGUGCCAGGGAGUGUGUGCCGCGCGAGAGGGUGACGGGCCCCGAGGAGCCUAUGGCCAUGCCUGACCCCGCCCUCUUCUUCUACCCCUACAGACACAGAUCCCGAAUCCGCCCACCACACAGACAUGCCCUGCAGGAGGCGGAGGGGGAGGAGUCAGAGGAGCUCGAUCAGGGAGCUUCUGUAAGCAGACUGGCAACAACAGUAGCUAAAGCCACUGCGACCACUGUGUCCACCACAGAGAACAACGUUGAAUGAGCGUUUCUUUUACAGUUCAACCUGCUUGUUUUUAUGAUAUUUCAACCUUAAUUGCACCUUGAGCCCCUUGGGAGAACCAGUGACAGAAAUGUUUAUAUUUGCAAUACAGUUUGCUUUUUUUACAGUUUGCUCAUGCAGUGAUUAUUAAACUGAGGAGAGAUUUUUGCUUACGUUCUUGUUGAACCAAAAUCGACUCGUGUUUAUGUUGCUGUAUAGCAUUUUUGUAAUCAAAAAUGACCCUGAGGGCCUCAAUACAUGAACAUGAAGUGCUUCAUAAGGCCUGUUUUAUGCGUCCUGUAGUUUGUUCUAUGGCUUUAUUAACAGGUUACAGCAUUCACACUGACAUUUGUGCCAAAUGAAGGUGUAAAUGCAAUUUAGUUUAGAUCCGGAUUCGAAACAUGUUCAUGCCAGAUCACACAGCACAAAACACAUUUAAAAUGCAAGAUAUAUUUAUUGACACAAUAUUUAGCAGUAUAGGCAUUUAUAAAACAGCAUAAUAAUGUUUUUUGUAUAAAAGAUGUCUGGCAUUGUUUAUGUUCAGUACAUCUAAAUCAGAACAGCUACAAUUCAAAGGUGUUUUGGUUUCAUACAAAUUACCAUUUGGAUGUAAAUGCAGUCACAUCUUCAUUUAAAGUAAUAAUACUCAAUUGCACACUACCAAUAACCAUUUCAAAUGUUUUAGGCUUUAUUAAAAGAAAAAUGCAAUGUAGUAACCCAGAAAUCACUUUUCUAGCUGCCGAAGUGCUGUCAGUGUGAAAUCACGACACUGCUGUUUACUUGCUGCAGACUCAGGAUGUGCAUAACAGGCUGAAGUCAGUGUCCUUGUGAGCUUGCUACUGCUUGAACUUGAGUCUUUGUUCAGCUGUUGUUGUUUUUAAUUUGUGUGCCCUUUUUGUGAAAUAGCUCAUCUCAGAUAUUUCUGAAUGAUCAGGUUGUCUGUCUGGUGUCACCACAAGUGCACUCUUUCAGCCCUCCAGAUGCAAUGGAGAUUUUAUCACCUAAAUACUCGUUUAAUCAGAUAGAGAAAUCCUAUGUGAAUGAGAUCUAUACAGCCUGAACCAGCUUUAUCUGCUGUAUAGUGUGUUUAUGUGUGGGCUUGUUGAUUAGAAGAGAGUGGGCUCAAGGGUCAACGCGCCAUUGUUCUGCCAUCAUUAAAUGAGCCAGUGAUGCCCAAAGGACUGAUUAGUUUUAAGCUGCUUAUGCUGUAAUGUUUUAGUCUGAUGUUGCAGAUAACAUGUUUGCAUAUGUGCCAUUAGAAUCAGAAUGCUGUUUGUUUUAUAAUUCUAUGUGGCCAGGUAUGUGUGCAUAUACCAGGAGCUAUGGUGAUUUGAUGACUAAUAGCAAUGUGAUACAUAUCGCAAACAUAUUAAGUGUUUGUAUCGCUAAAAGCUUGUAAAUUCAUAAUAUGCAAGAUUAGAAGUGGUGUGGUACAAAUCAAGGCUUAACUCCUGGUCUUUGAUGUGUAACUAAGAGAGGGUUAGUUCAUGGAAAUGGAUUGGAUGGGAGUGAAAGGCAACAUUACCUUUCUUGACAACUAACAGACAAGUUUAAAGGAUAGUUCUCUCAAAAAUGAAAAUGUGCUGAUAUUGUUCUCAAACUCAGGCCAUCCAAGAUGUAGAUGAGU